UUUAUGUCCAAAUCAAAAAAGCUUACCAGAAAGCCAGUGGCACUUCUGCACUGGUGGUCUAUUUGCAAGUGCUUUUUCAAUGCCUAUGUCAGACAUUCCAGUGAAUGUAAAUCCAAAGACAGUGUCAUUUUGUAUAAUUUUGACCUGCACUGUUGGAGCGUGAAGUUUAAGAAUUUCACUGUACCCUGCAAUUACAUCUGCGACCAUGUCAUUGUGAUGAAUAAACUGAGAAAUAAAACUGACGUCAUUGUAUGCAUGUCAUUCAAAAUUCGUUUAUUCUGUUGUUGCUAGCAGUAGUCAUAAAAACAUUGAAAUACAAAUAUUUAUAUUCGCAGACCUCCGGAUGAAUACCCCUGACAUAAUAUAAUGCGMAUCCCUUUCAAUUCUGGCAGAUUAUCAGUCUACACAGAGAAUGUKCUCACGGGAGAUUAGAUUUUUUGGAAGUUUGAGCAAGUAUGCCAUGAACAUAUUGAUUCGAAUGUUGAUGCAUAAUUGCCAUUGAAGAAGUCAGCCUACUUUACUUUUUUGUCACUGCAUCAAAAGACACUACAAAAACGUAGCAGGCUAAAACCGGCUUUACUUGAAGAGCAUUGACUGUACGGCUACGCCCUGAAGACUGCAGAAGCACACGGCACAGACUGAUCCUUCUUCUAAUGAGUCAGGACGUAGGCACGAGGAAGUUGACUAGCGUUCAUGCUAAAUACGGCAAUAAUAUCUGGCAAUAUCGCACAAUCAAGAGAUGGCAUCAGGUCCCCCACAAACAGAACACUCCAUCUCCUCGCCUUGUCCCAAUGCAGAGCUGAGGCUGGUUCUGCUUGGCCGGACAAGAGCAGGACAGAGUGCAGCUGGAAACGCCAUACUGGGCCGCCAGGCUUUCUUUACCCAGACUGCCAGUGAGCCAGCUGUCACUCAGGAAUGUGAGAAGCACAGAGGAACCAUUGCAGGGAGAUGGGUAUCAGUGGUAGUCGCCCAAGACUGGUUCUGCUCAGAGCGCCCCCCGGAGGAGGUGAGGCACCAUGUCUCCUCUUGCGUGGCCCUGUCSGCCCCRGGGCCUCAUGCCUUCCUGCUGUGUGUCCCUGUGGACCGGCCGGCUGACAUGGAGCUGCGGGCCCUGGAGGCCCUGGAGAARGUUUUUGGCCCCACUGCAGUCAGUGGACACACCCUGAUCCUCUUCACCCACACAGACCAGAUGGUUCUGGGACAACAGCUGGACGAGUACAUCGCCACCAGACGCAAAGACCUACUGGAGCUGGUGGUGAUGUGUGGAGACCGCUAUCACUCUCUGGAGAGGAGGAGUAGAGGAGAGAAGGAUGAGAGGAAGAGUGUGGAAGAGCUGCUGGAGAAGGUUGAACAGACUGUAAAAGAGAGCGGGGUGGAGUUCUACAGCUGCCCCCUCUACCAGGAGGCUGAGGCCAGGGUAAGAGAGAAGCAGGCAGAGAUAGUGCGGCAGAGAAGAGAGGGAGGUGGAGGGGAGCUAGAUGAAGAGGUGCCCUCCUCAGCCUCACCUCCAGAGGAAGAGCUAGACGAUGAAGAGAUGGCAAGAGUUAGGGAGGAGGCAGAGAGGAGUGUGCACAACCUGAACAUAGACACCGAGGGUAUUACCUCUCUUUCUCCUGCCUCCUCCUCUCCCUCAUUUCUCUCGUCCUUGUGGCAAGGAUUGACAGGGUGGCUGAGGAGGCUGCCCAAGAUGCUGAGGAUGGAGUCUCUGCUGGGGGCUUUCGUUGGCCUGUUUGUAGGUGGGCCCGUUGGGCGGAUGCUGGGGGCCACUGUGGGCUCAGUAGCCACUGAAGUGGGGAGAAGGAAGACCCUAAAGACAGAGAAAAACAAAUAAUGGCAAUGGGAUACAUAGCUCCAGUUAUUAACCUUAAAAGGGACAUUUCACAAUUUUUCAACUUCAUAUUCAUCAUCUCCAGCACCACCCCAAUAUCAACAUGUGUAAAUUGUGUAUUUCUGUUUUAUAGUAAAAAAAUUGAGAAAGAUGUGUUUCCAAUGACAUCAACCAUUUUGUAUUCAAUACCAGCUCACAAUUAGUCAUAAUCAUAUUUCUCUUUCUUUUUUACUACAAAACAUAGGAACAUACCAUUUUCACAUAUGUUGAUGUUGGGGUGGUGCUGGAAAUGGUGAAUAUGAAGUAGAACAAUUUUAGUUUCCCUUUGUUAUUUCACUGCACUUAUAUUUUAUUGUGCAAUUGRCUUGUAUUUGACCAAUGUACAUUCCUCACAAUACUUGUUAUAAUAUUUGUUGUUUCACUGCUGGCAUGCCUAUUGACUGGUCAUAUUUUCAAAACCAAUUAUUAUAGAAGGUAUGGUAGGGUCUACUAAAAACUUCAAAUAAAGGGGAAGUUACAUACAUGAUCCACUUGGUGGAGACGUUGACCAAAACAUUGAAGUUGAACAUUAAAUAUUUGCGCUCAACUGAAAACAAAUACCUUACUGCUAACUGAAGGAAAUAAAAUACAAUUUCCAAGGCA